UUUGGUUCAGUCCUCCGAACGAUUCUGACUUAUUAAUACGGAAGCGCUGCCUUCUUUUGAAGGCUUGAUGCGAAAUGCAACACGGCUACAGCGUCACGCCGAUUCGGAUCAUCGACAAAUGUGCCCGGGGAACACGAGCUCAUGGAUGUGGCAGCUCACAAGCUAUUCCCGGCGAGGCCGCCACGGCGACGCCGUCCACCUCUUCUUCACCGGGCUCAGGAUCCAAGCUGGCAUCCACGGCAGGGUGGACCCCUGGCCGGGGGCCGUGCCGACGGCCCUCCGCGCCUGCGCGCACCUCGCGGACGUCGCCGCCGGCCGCCUCAUACACGCGCUCGUGCUCACCCGCCCAGCGCUCGCCUCGGACGCUGUCGCCGCCACCGCGCUCCUUGACAUGUACUCCAAGUGUGGCCUUGUCGCCAGCGCCCGCAAGGUGUUCGAUGAAAUGCCGCCGCGCAGGGACCUCGUCGUCUGGAACGCACUGCUCGCGUGCUACGCGCGACACGGUCUCCCAGAGCACGCCCUGGCGCUGGCGGUCAAGAUGCGGGGCCUUGGUCUGUGUCCCGACCUGGUCAGCUGGAACAUCGUUGUCUCAGGCUUCGCGCUGGCUGGCGAUGACCUGAUGGCCGGCGGUAUGGUCGGCGCCAUGCAAGAGGAUGGGUUCCAGCCGGACGUGGUCACAUGGACAUCGCGCGUCUCCGGCUCCGUGCUGAACUUUCAGUACGGCAGAGCACGCGAACUGUUCCGAGCAAUGAUGGCUGCCGAUGCUCAUGUCCAUCCAAGCUCGGCCACGAUCAGUACCAUCCUGCCCGCGUUCGCCAAUGUCGCCGACAUGAAGCAUGGCAAGGAAGUCCACGGCUACUCUGUCGUGGCCGGCGUCGAGCAAGAGCUCACCGUCAGCAGCGCCCUCGUCGACAUGUACGCGAAGUGCGGGCUCGUGCUCGACGCGCGCCGGCUGUUUGAGAAGAUGCCACAGAGGAGCACGGUGACAUGGAAUUCCAUGAUCUUUGGGCUGGCGAACUCUGGCCACUGCCAAGAAGCAAUCGGCCUCUUCGACCGGAUGCCGCGAAACGGAGCAAAGCCCGACCAUCUGACGUUCACCGCCGUCCUGACAGCUUGCAGCUACGGUGGCAUGGUCGAGCUCGGCAAGGGCCUGUACCGAGCCAUGCAGGAGGAGUACGGCGUAAGGCCGAGGCUGGAGCACUACGCUUGCAUGGUGCAUCUGCUUGGCCGAGCAGGGAGGCUCGACGAGGCGUACGAUUUCAUCGAGGCGAUGCCCCUGGACCCCGACCGCUUCGUCUGGGGUGCGCUGCUGGGAGCGUGCCGAAGCCAUGGAAACGUCGAGCUCGCGGAGCUGGCGGCGUCGCGUCUUCUGGCAGUGGAGCCAGACAACGCGGCGAGCUACCUGCUGCUCUCGAGCGCGCUGGCGAACGCUGGCAAGCAAGACGAUGCCUUCAUGAUCAAGAAGUUGGUGAAGAGGCGACGUCUAAAGAAGCUUGAUAGCUGCAGUUGGGUGGAGACUUCUCUGUGAUGAUGAUGACAGCCAGAGGCGGGCAGAAAUAAGAUUGUAGAGGGGUAAAGCAUAAUAAUCGUGAAAUGAUCCAUCCACCUCAAGUUAGAUGAUCCAACGCAAUUUUCAAUAUGUGAUACAGAGAUAAGUUCCCCCCAUAUUCUUCUUCCACAUAGAUGUACAGGAUGAUGUCUAUUUCCGACGAUACAUUUCAUACUCUCAACCUGCCAUCGUUUAGGUAUUAUCACAAACAUCACUUAAAUUGCAUACUGAGACUAUAGACUGCUAAACAUCAGACAUAUUGUACACAGCUAA